AUGGUAAUGGCUCAUAAACACGCUGCAAAUCCACAGAAUGUGGAGAUGGGCUCCUUUGGUCCACCAAGGCGCGGCUUACAGGGCUCUCGAGAUGUCAUUGCUCUGGCCCGCUUAGGCAAGAAGCCCAUACUGAAGCGGAACUUCGGGUUCAUGACAAUCUUGGGCUUCAGUUGCGCCAUACUCAUCACUUGGGAAGCCACCGUCACUGUGUUUCUUCAGGGACUCCAAAAUGGUGGUCCCGCUGGCCUGAUCUAUGGCUACAUCGUCGUAUGGGCUGGUACGCUAUCAGUCUUCUCGACUAUGUCCGAGUUAUCAUCUAUGGCUCCUACUUCUGGUGGGCAGUAUUUCUGGGUCUCUAUCUUGGCCCCGAAGUCAUGUCGAAAAUUCCUAGGAUAUCUAAUAGGCUGGCUUACCAUCAUUGGCUGGCAAUCACUCGUCGCUUCUGGUGGAUUUGUAACUGGGACUAUGAUACAGGGCUUGAUUCUCCUGAAUCAUCCUAGCUAUCUCUCGAAUAUGGAGAACUGGCAUGGUACACUCUUGUUCUGGGCAGUUGUUCUUACAGCCUUUAGUAUCAAUACUGUCUUUGGAAAGCUUCUUUCUAAGUUCGAGGGGUUUAUUCUGGUUCUUCAUAUCCUUGGUUUCUUUGCUGUCCUGUUGCCAAUGGUGUGGCUCUCGACAGAAAAGUCAGAUACACAGGCUGUAUUUGCCACCUGGUAUAAUCUAGGCGGGUGGCAGACGCAGGGACUAUCCUUUUGCGUCGGCAUACUCGGGAACGUCUUUGCAUUUCUCGGUGCAGAUGGUGCUAUCCACAUGGCCGAGGAGAUCCGCAACGCAGCUGUCGUCAUCCCAAGAUCCAUUUUGACCGGUAUAACUAUCAACGGAUCCUUAGGGUUCGCGAUGCUUAUUGCUAUACUGUACUGUAUGGGCGAUAUCGAUGAAGCCUUAGCCGCGAACCCCUCAUACCCAUUCAUGGCUAUUUUUCAAUCUGCUACAGGUUCGACCGCCGGGGCGACGGUGAUGGCUGCUAUCGUGAUCGUAAUCAUCCCUAUCUACGCUGUUAUAAUGACGACAAUUAUCGCUAUCAUACUUUCUCUCGUCAAUAUAGGGAAUGCUACCGCAUUCAACGGUGUAAUAUCUAUAUCUAUCGCCGGCCUCUUCGGGUCAUAUCUUAUCGUAACCUCGUUACUGCUAUACCGUCGGGUUACCGGAGCUAUUCGAUUGCCGACCCCAGAAGACGACCACCUGGAUCUUGCCAAUGCCCUGGACUCCCCGCUGAUAUGGGGGCCCUGGCGCCUUCCCGGAAUAUUUGGCAUCGUCAACAAUGCGUUCUGUUGUACUUACCUGAUCUUCAUUUUCUUCUUCGCCUUUUGGCCGGCGGUUAAUCACCCUGAUGCCGCUACUAUGAAUUGGGCAGUUCUAGGUCGACGCAUAGGAUCCAAGGUCGUCGCCCUGAUGUUGAAUUGA